UGGAUGGGGGACUGAACCUGCGGCUCGUGCUGGGAUCUACGGGAAUGCGCAUCACAACAGUCUAUAUUACUAAAGAUGAGCAGCAACGCGGCGAGUCCCGUGUCGGGCAGCGCAAGUGCCGGGAGAGCCUCCGGAAAGGCCACCAGCUUCAUCCCUGAGCUGCAGAGCAUGAUGUUCGCUCUGGGAGAUGCCCGCAGACCCCUGCAUGAGACAGCAGCGUUGGUGGAAGACAUUGUACACACCCAGCUCAUCAAUCUGCUCCAGCAAGCAGCUGAGGUGUCACUUUUAAGAGGAGCCAGGGUUAUAUCUGCUGAGGACAUCUUAUUCCUGAUGAGAAAGGACAAGAAAAAAGUGCGUCGGCUGCUGAAGUACAUGCAGUUUCGAGACUACAAGUCCAAAAUCCUCAAAAGCAUUGAUGAUGAAGAUCCUCUUGAUUCAGACAAAUACAGCAGCAGCAACAAGCGUCAGCGCCUGGCGCUGGACUUCCUGGGCUCCAUCGACCAGACCGGGGAGUUCCUGGCCCUGCUGGAGGAGGACGACAUGGACGAGGUCAAACAGGAGAGGAUGGAGAGAUUGGAGAGGCAGACCAGGACGAUGGACUCUGCACAGUACAGUGAAUUCUGCGAGAGUCGGCAGCUCAGUUUCUCUAAAAAGGCAUCCAAGUUUCGGGAAUGGCUGGACUGCAGUAGCAUGGAGGUGAAACCCAACGCUGUUGCCAUGGAGAUCCUGUCUUACCUGGCAUAUGAGACAGUAGCUCAGCUGGUGGACCUGGCUUUGCUGGUUAAACAGGACAUGGCCCCAAAGACUGGAGACCCCUUCAGCCGAGCCAUAUCUGCCACCUUCCUCCAGUACCACAACUCCACCAGCGAGGUUCACCUCCCAGGAACAACUGCCUCUGUGAAGAGAGACCCAGACUCACCCGAAAACACCCCUCCCUCCACGCCCGGCGCCCCACUGUCUGCUGGCCACCAGGGAAAGCUUCACUCUGUAGCCCAGGGCAAUGGGGGCCUGGGCCAGGAUAGCAGCAAAUUUAAACAGAGGAAGAGGAAGAAGAGCGCAGCAGCCAGUGGCUCAGAGGUGCAAAGCAGCGCCAUCCAGCCUGCCCACAUCAGAGAGGCCAUCCGACGCUACAGCCACAAGGCGAGCCCCCUGUCCCCCUUCACUGUACGUAAUAUAAUGACUCCAAAGACAACCCCCUAUUCCUCUUCACCACACAUAAUAACUCUAAAGACAGUCCGCAUCUCUAAAUACAGACCGCUGUCCCUCUUCACUGCACAUAAUGACUCUAAAUACAGCCCCCUGUCCCCCGUCACUGUAACGUAACAACUGUAAAUAUAGUCCCCUGUUCCCCAUAACUGU